AUGGAGGUCCUGCAGCUCCUGCGCCUGUUCCUCACCACCACCAUGCUGGGCCUCUCCCAGACCGUGAAUCCCUUUGUGGCCCAGCAGACCCCCCCGGACCCUUGCUACGACGAGAGCGGCGCUCCUCGCCGCUGCAUCCCUGAGUUCGUCAACGCCGCCUUCGGGAAGGAAGUUCAAGCCUCCAGCACGUGUGGGAAGCCCCCGACACGGCACUGCAACGCCUCGGACCCCCGCCGAGCCCACCCGCCCGCCUACCUGACCGACCUCAACACCGCCUCCAACAUGACGUGUUGGCGCUCGGAGACCCUCCACCACUCUCCCCAGAACGUCACCCUCACCCUCUCCCUCGGCAAGAAGUUCGAAGUGGUCUACGUCAGCCUCCAGUUCUGCUCGCCCCGGCCCGAGUCCACCGCCAUCCUCAAGUCCAUGGACUACGGCAAGACUUGGGUGCCGUACCAGUACUACUCCUCCCAGUGCCGUAAAAUCUAUGGCAAGCCCAGCAAAGCCACCGUCACCAAGCAGAACGAGCAGGAGGCCCUCUGCACCGACGGCCUCACCGACCUCUACCCCCUCACCGGUGGGCUCAUCGCCUUCAGCACCCUCGAUGGGCGACCCUCUGCCCAGGACUUUGACAGCAGCCCUGUGCUCCAGGACUGGGUGACAGCCACCGACAUCCGCGUGGUCUUCAGCCGCCCGCAUCUCUUCCGUGACCUGGGCGGCCGGGAUGCUGGUGAGGAGGAGGGGGGCACCGGCUCGACCCCCUAUUACUAUGCAGUGGGGGAGCUGCAGGUCGGCGGGCGCUGCAAAUGCAACGGGCACGCAGCGCGCUGCGUGAAGGACAAGGAGCAGAAGCUGGUGUGUGACUGCAAGCACAACACGGAGGGUCCCGAGUGCGACCGCUGCAAGCCCUUCCACUACGACCGGCCCUGGCAGCGGGCCAGUGCCCGCGAGGCCAACGAGUGUCUGG